CUGUCAGCUGAUAGUCCCUUGCUUUUGCUUUCCAAAACCUAUUUCGAUUUUCGCAAAGAAAACGUCAGGCACCAUUCAACAUGGGCUCGAAAUACGCGAUCAAGAGCUAGUUAUAGCUGAAAUAUUGCUCUAAUUGUAGUGUUAUCGUUAUUAUAGUUUCAUUUUACAUGUACGUUGUGUAACUCUUCAAUUAGUCGAAAAUGGAUACGUUUAUCACAGGAUACCUCAGUUAUGGCGUUUGUUGAUCACUAAAAAAUUUCAUUCGGUUGAUAAUUUUCUUUAUAUUUGAUGUCCGUUUUUCGUUCGUGAUCGUCUGUUUCGUUCGCGUUUACGUGUUUACUCGAAAUGGUGAAGGAGAAGCCAAAUUCGAUCCGGAUCUACGAUGAGGAAGGUUUCCGACGCCGUGCGGCUUGUAUAUGCGUGCGAUCCGACGCCGAAACGGAGGUGUUGCUUGUGACAUCAUCUCGGCGGCCGGACAACUGGAUCGUGCCGGGCGGCGGCGUGGAGCCCGAGGAGGAGCCGUCGGUGACGGCCAUGCGGGAGGUGCUGGAGGAGGCUGGCGUCAUCGGCAAGCUUGGCCGCUGUCUCGGCGUCUUUGAGAACCGCGAACACAAGCACCGUACCGAAGUGUACGUGAUGACGGUCACCCAAGAGCUGGCCGAGUGGGAGGACGCGCGCCUCAUGGGCCGCAAGCGGCAGUGGUUCUCCAUCGACGACGCGCUGGCCCAGCUGGCGCUGCACAAGCCCAUCCAACGGCACUACCUGCAGCAGGUGGGUCACUCUAACACAGGGCUCGUGUGGACGCGGGAGCGGGACGGCUGA